AAACCAUACAGGUACAAAUAUAACACACAUUAGGACAUUAAUUAAACCUUAAUCAUUAUUUUCUUUACUUUAUUUUCAGGAAGUGAUUGUGUGAGGAUCAGAAGCUCCAGAGCAGCUCCAGUGUGUUUGUUGCUUCUGUGUGUUCUUCUGCUGACUGCAGUCAUAGUGCUGUGUGUCCACCUGCAGACCAAGAGCACAGACUACACUGAAGAAGAGAGAGACCAGCUACUAAACAUGAUUACCAACCUCACAGAAGAAAAAGACCAGCAACUAUCCAAGAUAACCAACCAAACAGAAGAGAGAGACCAGCAACUAUCCAAGAUAACCAACUUCACAGAAGAAAAAGACCAGCAACUAUCCAAGAUGACCAUCCAAACAGAAGAGAGAGACCAGCUACUAAACAAGAACAUAACCUUGACAAAUGAAAGAGACCAGUUCAAUCAGGAGAGAAAUGAACUGUGGAAAAUGCUUAAUGAAAUGGAUGGAUGUAUUUAUCAAUCUGGUUUUUACUAUAUGUCAUCUGAGGAGAAGAGCUGGACUGAGUGCAGAAGAUACUGUAGAGAGAGAGGAGCAGAUCUGAUCAUCAUAAACAACAAAGAGAAACAAGAUUUUGUAAUGAAGAUGUCUGGAAAGACUGGAGUCUGGUUGGGUCUGACUGACAGUGAUGUGGAGGACAGAUGGACAUGGGUUGAUGACAGCACACUGACCUAUACGUCCUGGAUGAGGAGUGAACCAAAUGGAAAAGUAAAGGAGAACUGUGCUGUGUUAUUUUCAUCAGGGUGGUGUGAUUAUCCAUGUAAUCGUGCUUUUAAAUGUAUCUGUGUGAGAAAUAUUGAAAAAAUUAGUAAUUAAAUAAAAUAUUAAUAAAACCUGUAACAACAAUAUGUGAUUGUGAACUGUGUUGUAACUAAGUCAAGUUUAUUAAUAUUCUCCUUUAGUUGUUAUAUGACUCACUUCUGUAUACUGACAGUGAAGAAAGUAUGUAUAAAACAUGGCGUCUUAUCACAAUAAAUGCAAAAUUAUUUAGCAUUAUUUAUUAACAUAUUUAUUAAAUGAGAGAGAGGUUAAUCACCUCUCGUUGCCCUCUGUACUGCACGAACACUGCAAGACAAAUGAUGCACGACAAAGCUGAAUUUUUUUUAAGUUCCAUGAGUCAAAAUUCGGCUAAAAAUAGCCCAGUGUAUGCCACCCUAUGGCACUGCAUGGUCUGGCCCUUCAGUAUCUGUCUGUGCUUUUAACUUUUCCCAAGCAUCAUUUGCACUCCUCUCAAGCUGGUUUGCUGGCUGUCCCAAAGACACGUUUGAGAUCUGUAGAGGACAGGGCUUUAUCAUCCUAUGCUCCUAAACUCGGGACUCACUUCAUAUUAGAGGUGCACAGAAUCAACAGCAUUUUUAAAUAUAACCUAGAAACAUUUUAGAAAACCUAGAAGCUUUUUUAUGCUUUUAACUAUUUUGUAUUUCAGGCUAU